AUGAUGGCUCAGAAAACUGUACUCAUCACAGGUUGCUCCUCAGGAAUCGGACUCGCCUUGGCUGUAAAAAUGGCCAGAGAUGAACAGAAAAGAUUUAAAGUGUAUGCUACCAUGAGGAAUCUGACCAGGAAGGACAAACUUGCAGAAGCUGCAGGCAGAACCUUGGGUAAAACCCUAGAAAUUAAACAACUGGAUGUCUGCAGUGAAGAGUCUAUUAAAACUUGUGUCAGUAGCAUCCCUGACAGAAGGAUUGAUAUCCUAGUUAGCAAUGCUGGAAUGGGGCUCAUUGGACCUAUUGAAUGCCAGACCAUAGAUGAGAUGAGAACUGUGAUGGAUACAAACUUCUUUGGAUUGGUUCGACUCUUGAAGGAGAUUUUACCUGAUAUGAAGAAGAGAAAGAGUGGACAUAUAGUUAUAAUAAGUAGUGUCAUGGGAAUACAAGGUAUUUUGUUCAAUGAUGUUUAUGCUGCAUCUAAAUUUGCUGUGGAAGGAUUCUGUGAAAGUUUAGCCAUACAAGCACUCAAGUUUAAACUUCAGCUAAGUCUGAUUGAGCCAGGCCCAGUCAUCACAGAAUUUGAAAAAAAGGUGUUUGAAGAUGGAAUGAAAAUGGAUCUUUCGGCUGCUGAUGAAGAAACUGCUGACAUGUUCACUAAUAUUUACCUUAAAAAUUACAAACAGAUUUUCCAAAUCCUGGGACAGAGUGCAGAGGACAUAGCAGAGCAUACAGUAAAGAUAAUUCUUGCAGAAAAUCCACCUUUUCGCCAUCAGACCAACACCCUGUACACACCAAUGACAACCUUAAAAUAUGCAGAUCCUAAUGGAGAUUUACCUAUUGAUACCUUCUACAAAAUGGUUUUUCAGCAUAAUAAAAUCUUCAGUGCAAGUCUUAACUUCAUCAAACUGCUAAGGUGGAGAAGCAGAAAAAGCUUUGAUUUGGGAAACCCUUCACAAUGAAUAUAUGUAUGCUACUGUGUGCAUUUGGAUCACUAGUUCUAGUCACUGCUGAUAUACUGUUUUGAAAAAUAGCUUUGCAAUAUAAUUUAUUACAAAAAGACAUUCAAAAUGUUUGGUUAAUGAGCUUAACUGAGGUGUUAAUGUUGAUUAACUUUUAUUUUGAACUUCAAGUUUCCAAUGCUUUGAAAGUAAAAUGUUUGACCCACAUCAGUUAUUCUCAGUAAUCUUGACCGUAUAUUCUACUUCCAGAGAUGUUCCUGGUAGAAAUUUAUGACCACUAUUUUUCUGAACAUCAACAAAUCAAUUAUCAAACAGCGACCUUCAGGAUUUAUUAGAAUUAAAAGGAAAAGAUACUCAGGGCUGGUCUACGCUGGAGGGUGGGGGAAUUGAUCUAAGAUACGCAGGUCCAAGUAUCUUAGUUCGACUUACCUGGCCGUCCUCAUGAUGGCAAGUCGACUGCCA